CUCAAGGGCGUUGUGCAUUAAGGAGUCCUAGGUAUAAACGAACCUGAACGUCUUAGUGUUACUUCAGUUCUCUUUUGUAUGCAAUUAUUCAGGUGAGAUGAUGAAUAGCUUCAUGUAAUCAUUAAGUAAAAUCCCACGUGUUAACGCAAGUUUCUUUUUUAGAAUGUCUACGAAAAAGUCAGACGAAGAGUGGAAAUGUGUUUUGAACCCCGAACAGUAUCGAGUAGCUCGUCUUAAAGGCACAGAAGCACCUUUCACCGGUGAAUAUUACCAUAAUAAAGAAAAGGGUGAAUACCUUUGUGUAUGUUGCGGAUCAAAACUUUUUGACUCAUCUGCAAAGUUCGACAGUGGGUCAGGUUGGCCAUCAUUUUAUCAAGUUUAUGGAUCAAACGGGCGAGACGAUUCCCAAACAAAUGUUACUAGAACAGAAGAUAAUUCACUGGACUCGAUGAGAAUAGAAAUCUCAUGUAAACAGUGUGGCGCUCAUCUAGGCCAUGUGUUCGAAGAUGGACCUAAACCAACCGGUUUACGUUAUUGUGUAAACAGUGCAUCUUUGUCAUUUAAAAAAUCAGAAUAAUUGAUUGAAAGAAUAUUAAUAAAAUUAUUUGGCUGACAAGAAUGCAUCAGGUCUUAAUAUGAAUUGGCUAACUUUUCUUUUUAUCCAAUGUUUGUAUCGAUCAGGUAUCGGCUAAUAAACUCAUAUGCCUUCUUA